AUGCUGGAGGAGGAACUGUCCAAUAAAGAAUUGAAAAUAAAUUCACUAAAGGAUUCCUUAGGAAAUGAAGAAGGAGAGAAAAGAAUUUUGAAAGAAGAGGUUCAGCAAAUGAGAAACUGGGUAGCUGAACUAGGUGGUCAGAAUGCUAUGCUGGAGGAGGAAUUGGCCAGUAACGACCAGGAAAUAAAUUCACUGAAGAAUUCUUUAGCGAAUGAAAAGGAGAGGAAUAGAAAUUUGAUUGAAGAAGUUCAGCAGGUGAAACAUUGUGAAGCUGAACUAGGAGGCAAAAAGGCCCAGUUGGAGGAAGAGUUACUUGACAAGGAACAGGAAAUAAAUUCAUUGAAGAAUUCUUUAGAAAACGGCGAAGAGACCAAAAGAAUUCUGAGAGCUGAAGCUCAACUGAUAAGAAACUGGGCAGCUGAAGUUGAAAGUGAAAAGGCUGAAAUAAAGAAAGAGUUAUUUGAGAGGGACCAGGAAAUAACUCUUUUGAAGAAUGGUUUAGAAAAUGAAGAAGAGAAAUACAGAAUUCUGAGUGAGGAACUCGAGCAGAUGAAGGCGAGGCUGGCUGAAUUGGAAGUCACGAAUUUAGAUAUUAAAGGUGAAGUGACUGAAAAGGAUAAAGUUAUAAAGUCUAUGGAGAAUGCUCUAGAAAACGAAAAGAAUAGGAAUAAAGAGUUAAGGAAAAAAUUGCUGAAGCAAGUUGAAAGACUUGAUCACAUCGUAGCAUUCGCCCAAACCAUGGACAAAUAA